GGAGAAUGGCGUCUUUCUUUACCGUUAUAGGCCAUGAUGAUGCAUGCUCUGUCUUGCUUCCGCACCAAACUUCGCUCCUGCUCUCUACCCAACCCGGCGCUUCCCCUUUUCUUUUUUAAAAUUCUGUCAGCCGGUUAUUGGAAGCACCCGGAACCCGGAAGAGGCCAUCCCUUUCUUUGUCACCUUUCGCAAAUGCUCCUCAAGAGCCUCCCGUUUCAGGAACAGGGCCAUGAGAGGAUGACGCCGGUGGUCCUCCAACUCCAGAAGAGCUCGAAGCACUUCAAGUUCGUGGCCCAGUCCCUGGGGCUCUUGGGGUUCGCUUUCUUGACGGUCUGUUUCAUCUUCUUCUUCGGUUAUCACGUGGAUCAUGGUAACGACGGGGUCGGGGUGGGAGGGUUCUUCGGGUACCCUGGCCGGAUGGAAAGUCUGGUGUGGUUGAACUUGAAGUUGAACGGCUCUGAUGACGUCGAGAGGGUGGAUUUUCUCGGGAAGGAGGGUGAUGGGUGUGAUGUGUUUGAAGGUGAUUGGGUCUGGGAUGAUAACUAUCCGCUGUAUCAGUCGAGAGAUUGCGGGUUUAUGGAUCAGGGGUUCAGGUGCUCUGAGAAUGGCCGUCCUGAUCAUUUCUAUACUAAGUGGAGAUGGCAACCCAAAGGGUGCAACUUGCCCAGAUUUGAUGCAAGACUGAUGCUUGAGAAGCUGCGUAACAAGCGGCUUGUUUUUGUCGGAGACUCUAUUGGAAGAAACCAGUGGGAGUCUCUCUUAUGCAUGCUUUCUACUGGAGUCUCUGACAAAGACUCGAUCUAUGAAGUCAAUGGCAGCCCAAUCACAAAGCACAAAGGUUACUUGGUGUUUAAGUUUGGAGAGUUCAACUGCACAGUGGAGUACUAUAGAGCUCCAUUUCUUGUACUGCAGAGCCGUCCUCCUAUUGGAUCCCCUGAAGAGAUUAAAACAACUCUGAAAUUGGAUCAGAUGGACUGGACAUCUAUGAAGUGGAAGGAUGCCGAUGUCUUGGUCCUCAACACAGGGCACUGGUGGAAUUACGAGAAGACCAUCAGGGGCGGUUGUUAUUUUCAAGAUGGAGAUGAGGUGAAGGUCGAAAUGAGAACAGAACAUGCAUAUCAGAGAGCAAUAGAGACUGUCCUGCACUGGAUAAGAAAUGAGGUGAAUUCAAGCAAGACUCGGGUCUUCUUUCGGACAUUUUCUCCGGUGCAUUUCAGAGGCGGUGACUGGAGGAGUGGGAGCUGUCACUUGGAGACAUUGCCCGAGCUGGGCUCCUCGCUCGUGCCAUCAGAUAACUGGCUGCACUACAAGAGCAUCACCAACAAAUUGGCAGUUCACUCAAACGCUUCAGAGGCUAUCAAAGUGAACAUACUGAACAUAACCCACAUGACUUCGCAAAGGAAGGAUGGGCACUCCUCCUUGUACUACAUCGGCCCUCCCACAGGCCCUGCAUCUAUUCGCCGGCAGGAUUGCAGCCAUUGGUGCCUGCCCGGAGUGCCAGACUCAUGGAAUGAGCUCCUCUUUGCACUAUACUUAAAGCAUGAAAGUUCUCAACAGGCACAUGGGGCGCAAAAAUGAUGCAAGAACGCUCGAGUUGUGAGUUCACAUGUAAAUCAACCUCACAUAAGAAUUAUCAAAGUGAGGCACCGAUGAUGGAUUCCGAUGACUGCUUCAAGAAUCGAAAAGACAGCAGCAGCGAUGAUCAAGUUCAUGAAGGUUUUAAGAGCAGGUGUACAGCUCUGUUGAGUCUAUUCAGAUGAAGGACAUUUUUGUUAGAAUCCUAGGAUUAGCGUUGGGGGAACUGGAAUUUACUUGUACAGGUAUACAAAGCGAAAAACCAAGCUCGCUUUUAGGGGCUGAUCUAGAAAGUCCUAGCAAAAUUUGGUUACAGGCUCUAGUGUGUUGUAGAAAUCAGAGACAUGAAAUAGGCGAUAUUCAUUUCACAAAUUGUGACUAGGAACUUUGGUCAGUCCUUUGACCUUGUAUUCAAAUAAGGACCACUUAGGUCUCAAUGUAUCAACAAGUUUACAGAUGA